AUGCCCAGCCCGCCGACCGCGGAGCGCCCUCCGUGCGGCGCGCCCGUCGCGGCGCUGGGACGCGCGGGGCGUUGGGGCGCCGUGGCGCUGGGCGCCGCCGGCGCCGCGCUGGCGGCGCUGCUGCUGGGGCCCGUGCUGCGCCGGCUGCGGCUCCGCCAGCGCGGCGCCAGCAGCAGCGACGCGCCGCCGCUGCCGGCGAGGCGGGGGCACGCCGCUGGAGCGACGCGGCGGCCGCUCCGCGAGCUCCUCGGGCACGAGCGCCGUGGUCGGUGGGCCGUGCUGGCAGCCAGCGGGGGCCCAGAAGCGGCGAGGGCAGCCCAGCUCGCGGCCCACCUCGCGCGCAUCGCUGGCCCCCGCGCCGCCGGCCGGGCGGCCGCGGCCAGCAGCACAAGUUGCGGCGCCCUGCGCGUGCCGUUGACGGCGCUGGAGAGGGAUCAGGGGCGGGCGGAGCUGUACGUUUUCGGCGGACGCUCCAACGGCGAAGUGAGCAGCGCGGCCCAGGUACUCUGGCCUGCGACAGGGGUGGUGAUGAUGCUGCAGCCGAUGCCAACGGCUCGCUGUGGAUGCGCGGCCGCGGCCGCUCACGGGCGCGUGUACGCCAUCGGGGGCCACUCCAGCGGGGAGGACUUGGACUGCGUCGAGUGCUUCGAUUGCGGCGCAGGUUGCUGGGCAGACAUCCCCCCGCCGCCAAUGCCGUCCCGCAGAUCUUUCUGCGCGGCAGCGGUGGUGGACGGGCACAUCUUCGUGAUUGGCGGCGCAGGCGUCUGCGGAGAGGAGUUGCCGACCGCGGAGCGUUUCUCCCCAGGUCCCUUGACGCAGGACGGCUUCUGGAGUACCUCGCCGUCGAUGCUGCAUGCACGCUUCGCUGGCGCGCUUGCGUCCACUGGGGGGGCGCUGUACGCGUGCGCAGGCUAUUUGAGAGGUCAAUGCUUGCGCGCGGCGGAGCGCCUGGAUGUUGACGCAGGGGGCUUGGGCGAGCGGUGGGUGGAUCUACCGUCCAUGCCCACUGCGCGCUUCGCAUGUGCUUCGGCUGCAGUGCGGGGAGCGGUGCUAGUGUGCGGCGGCAGCAGCGGCUGGGAGCCGCUGGGCACGGUGGAGCGCUUCGACCCAGUAGCAGGCGCUUGGGAGGUGCUGCCAGCGAGGCUGCAGAUUGCCAGGAAGUGGUGCGCUGCUGCGGCGGUGGCGGGGGAUCUGUUCGUCCUGGGCGGUUUCGACGGCUCGCGCUGCGUGGGUCAGGUGGAGCGCCCGCUGGCUGGGGCCAGCCCCAGCUCCCGGCCGCACGGGCCUGAGCUGCCUGAUCUGGCAGUGCCUUUGGAGUGUUUGUCGGCGGCCGCGCUGUGCAGACACGUGGCCAGCUAA